AUGCACUUGAUAGCAGAGUGCUCCAGUUCAUGGGUUCGGCCCAAGUCGUCAUCGAUACGCCUGGAGAACAGAGAGAAAGCUUCAACAGGCAGCUCAGAGAAUCGUGGUUUAGUUUCAGCAACCAAACGAAAAGCCGUUUCAGACCCUGGACCUCCCACAAGAAGGUUUACGGUUUCUGAUGAAGGCAAACUCUCUGCAAACAACCAGAACAAAAUACAAAUUGACAAAUUCACAAAGAAAUCCAUUUCCUUUGAUGGUGAGGGAUCUGAAAAUCCAGACAAGGAAUGCAGAUAUUUGGUUCCUGAGAAAGGAUCGUCCUCUGCCAAAAGGAAAGCUGUUUUUCAUCACAAACCUCCCACAAAACGGUCUAGGGUUUCAGGUGAAGGCAGUGUCUCCAGACAUAACCUGGAUGAGACAUCCAGAGUCUCAAAGAGGUCACUCUCACCAGAUGGUGAGGGAUCUGGAAGUCCAGCAAAGAGACUCAGACUGUCUGAUUCUGAGAGUCCCUCGCCUUCAGCCAAAGAUCAGUUUGAGGCUAAAUACGAGCAAAAAGAUCAGCUCGGAAAGGGAGGCUGUGGAUCCGUUUAUGGUGGCUACCGCAGGGCAGACAAUUUACCUGUGGCAAUCAAACAUAUACCAAAGAAAAAUGUAGUCUGGACAGAUACGGACGAGAACGGCCAGCAGCUCAGCAUUGAGGUAGCCGCCAUGCUAAAACUCCAGACAGAAUCAGCUGAUUCGGUGGGGAAGUCCGCUCCAAUUUCCCUCCUGGACUGGUACGAUUUCAACCAGGAACAGAUUCUAGUGUUGGAGAGACCAGUGCCUGCAGUGGACCUCUCACAGUUUAUUCAAAAUAACAAAGAGCCCCUACAGGAGAAUCAGGCUAAAACAAUUAUUAAACAGCUGGUUGAUGCCGUCAAACAUCUGGAGGACACCAACAUCUUCCACAGAGACAUCAAACCACGAAAUAUUCUGACUGAAACAGGAUCAGAAAUCCCGCGACUGCGACUGAUUGACUUUGGAGUGAGUUGUUUCACCAACACAGAAUAUGAAAACGGCCGGUUCUACGGCACAGCGAAACACGUCCCUCCUGAUGCUAACCACUGCGCCACCAAUGCAGUGGAAAACGGCCGGUUCUACGGCACAGCGAAACACGUCCCUCCUGAGUUUAUUUCAGAAAGCAUUUAUAAGGCAGGACCAGCAACCGUGUGGCAGGUGGGAGUUGUUCUCUAUGAAAUGCUCCACGAAAAGUCACCUAUCAUCUCCUACAUUUCCCUCAACCCACUGCAGGACUGA